UCAAAAUCGCUUGGCAGCCACAGGGUUUUUGUGAAAAUAUUUUCUAAUUUUUGUGUGUUCAAUAGUGAUACGUGCCCUGGGAAAAUUUGCGCUGUGCGAAUUCUUUACCCUCAAAGAAUUUCUCAUCGAUUUAACCGAUAGAAUCUUCGCGUUGAGAUACCGAAUCCGAGUGUUGUGAGCGCAGCUUCGCUUGGCCGUCCAUUGAAAUGCCUCAAAAACGAAAGAAGCGGGUUUUAACCCCAGUUGAUGAGAAUGAGGAGACCAUGGAUCCUUCGGAGGAUAAUGUCCAUGGAAAUUCCAAGCACCAACACGGCCCAAUGUACACAAUUAUGUCGAACGCUCAGCUGAACGAGACUUUCCACAACAAAUACAUCAGAGAAAUGCAGCAAUUAUACAUGAAGAUGGACCACGACGCUUUCAUGUUUACACUCAUCAAAAUGCUGAAGUGCGCCAUGGCAACGGAGGAGACGAAUGAAUAUGCUCAGACAACGCUCGCAUUUUGUGCUAAAUUUGUGGCAUCCUAUGACGGGGAAGACACGCAUCCGAUUUUAACAGCCACAUUUAAAUGGCUGAUGUCGACAAUCAGCAACAACCCGCAUAUCCGCUUCCGUCUAUGCCAAUUCGUUAACAUGGUACUGAAUGCAUUGGGCCUAGAAGCCGCCCUUGACGAUACAAUUUGCGACAAUAUCCUCACAUACAUGAUAAGUCGUUUACGAGAUUUGAAUCCUAAUGUGCGGGUACAAGCAAUAUUGGCCCUCCAACGCCUCCAAGUGCCCGACAAUCCUGAUGACAUAGUUGUGAAGACCUACCAGUUCCAUUUGAGUUCAGAUCCAUCGCCUCGGGUUCGACAAGCCGUCAUCACUUCAAUGGGGAGGAAUUACAAUACGAUUCCGUACAUAUUGGAGCGCUUGUGGGACGUAGAUGAGAAGGUUCGACGCCACACGUACCUCCACAUGAGCAGUUACCCUGUUAAGGCUUACAAAGUAUCGCAAAGGCUUACCUUCCUAGAGCAGGGGCUGAACGAUCGUUCGGAUAUGGUCCGAAAAGUUGUAACAACCGUGAUGUUGCCACAAUGGCUGGAGUCAUAUAACAGGAACGUCAUUGCCCUGAUUUCAGGUCUGAAGUUGGAUGCCAACGAAGCGGAGAUUGAUCGUUUCAGGAAGAUAACGAAAAUGGCCCUUUUUGAGAUUUUCAAACGUCAAAAGAAAGACGAUUUGGUCGCAACAUUGCCGCUCGAAGAGGAUGGCGAAUAUGAAAAAUGCGUUCCAUUCGAGAAACUUACAGUGGAAGUUACUCUUUUUUGGUUGGGUUUGAUUGAAUAUUUACAACAUGAAAAUGCUGACGAACUGGAUUCGAUAAUACCCGAGUUGACAACAUUUUGUAAUUAUGUUCAAAAAUAUUGUGAAUCAUCAAAAUCAGACAUGGACAAGUGGCAGAAAAUGGAAUAUCAGUAUAUCUUACUUACAUUAAUGGAAAUUGUAUACACGUUUGAUCUGGGCGAUGAAAUUGGUCGUGAUAAUUUGAAAAUUCUUUUGGAAACGCUUCUUAAAAAUUUCGAUAUCGAAGAGCAGACAAUUAAGGUGAUCGUUCAGUGUACGGAGAAUUUGAUAACAAAACAAGAAGAUCGUCUGCAGUUUUUUGUCGAUAUCAUCAAAGAUUUAACUGAUGCAAAAAGUCUAACAAAUGAAUUAUCACACGAUCGCACAUUAAUCGAAGAGCUCCUAGAGAAACAUUCAGAGAAAGAUUUGAAAUUCCAAAUAUCUUCACUUAAAGUGAAAAUGUUGGAUUUAGAAGAACAAGAGACUAAUUUCGUUCAACGAAAGGAUUACGCUCAGGCACAACGUAUCGCUGAAGAAUUGACUGCAUGUCGCGAAGAGUACAUGAACAUGCUCAAGCCCAUUCUGAAAGAAGUUUCAAGUUCCGAUAGUGAAGAAUCCAGAAAAUUCAUGUCUUUAACGUUUCAACAGAAAAAGUUAUCCCCAGAAAUUAUAAUCAAAUCACUUCAGAUAGCCUUCUACAUGGUUGUGUCGAAAAAUGUUAAAUCACUAACGCCUAAUGUUUGUGAUCUGUACAAGGACUUCAUCCGACGUCAUGUCGAGUCGAAUCAAAUUGGGGUGAGGGACUGGGCUCUGAAGUGUGGCACCGCCUACAGUAUGCUUUAUGAACCACUUUCAAAAGAUGUGUACAACACCCUAUAUUCACAAUUCUAUAAAAAUCAUAACGUGAGAUUGUGGAAGACCGCAAUUGAAUGCAUUUUUGAGUUAUUGGACAGAUAUACAUGUUCACAUUUUGACGUUGAAGACAAGCACAACAAAAGCAGGAAAGCUGGCCGGCAAUUGUACAACACAAGUACAUUGGAUUCGAUCGACGCUGAGGAAGAACCAUCGACAAGUGCUGCUCACGGUGUGGAUCUAAUAUUCAUGAUGUCACAUUUUUUGGACACCUGUGAUGAUACUUGCAUAUUAAGGGCUUUGGUAGUUGGAUUCUGUCGUCUUGUAUUGCAUGGGCACAUAAAGAAUGACGACAUAAUAGAAAAAUUGCUGUUGAAAUAUUUCAAUCCAAUCACAGAUCCUGAAAUUAAUCAGAUUUUGGGUGUAUUUUUUGAAAAUCUAAUAAAAAGAAAAAAACACGAACACCUUCAACCAUGUCUCCUUCCAACGAUAUCAACAAUAAUGAGUGCGCCGUACGAUAGUCCGUUGCACGAGAUAAAGCCAGACAAUGUACUUCGGUUUGUGAUUGAUUCGACCCGUCCGAUUCACAAUAGUUCGGGACCGAACAUUCAUGAUAAUUUGGCUUUAUCAUUUUUGCGAGAAAUGCAAAAUAAUAUUUCCAAUAAGGAAUUACUAAAGAUUCUUGCGAAGGAACUAACUACACUAAGCAUAUCAGCAUCAGAUGAGAGCUCAUCACGCGAUGAAAUGAGAGAAGGAAUUGCGAAGUUAUUGCAGUGUGAUAUCGACCCGAAGACUGCCAAAUAUCUCGUAAACUUCCGUGAUCUUCUAGAUGGCAUAUAUCAACCCAGCCUAAUGAGUGUCAGGACAACUGCAGGAAGGCCAGACGGUUCUGACGCAGAAAAUGAGGAAGUAUCUGACGAUGAGGAUGAAAAUCGUAACCUUCUCGAGAAUAAUGAAAAAGAUAAAGAAACACAAGCAAAUGAAAAUGGUUUGGAGACACUGGCGGAAGAAACCGAAGCAGAGUUGAAUGGAGGCGAAGUGGCAUCUAAUGAAAAGUCCCUCCAAGAAACAGAAAAUAAUAUAUCAUCUCUGCCUGAAGUUAGAAACGACACCAGUCAACCUGAAGAGCAAAACGAAGUAAAUACCGAAAAUAUUGUUAAGACCCCGGCUCCGAAACAAUCAGCGCCCACAGAACAGCAAACACCCACUACUUUUGGCAAAGAUAACACCACAAAGCUAAGAUAUCUACGAAAGUCCAUGAAUGUCAAUCGAAGAAGCUCAGAGGGAGUGCCUCCAUCUAAGAAGCAGAAAUUUGGAAACGAUGAGAAUCAACCAAAUACACGGACACGGAGAAACGUUAGAAAUCCACCUUCCCCAAGAAAGCGAAGAUCUGAAUCACAAGAUACAAACAAAUCUACUCACGAAAUGGAUAACACGACAAGCAAUAAUGAAAAAUCUAGGAAAUCAGAAACAAGUAAAACCAGCUCGAAUGAACAAGGAGAUGACAGCAGAGCUCAAGAUGAAAGUCAUGAUGCUGAAAAAGGGCCGGAAGCAGUGAGUGCGAGCGAAUCAAGACUAGGAAAUGAUGCUUCUAACAAAGAAAAAGAAAGUUCAAUAAGAAGGUCCGAAUCCAGCGAAGAAUUGCAGCCACUUGUAGUAUCAGAAGAUGAAGUCGUUGAAUCGUCGAAAUCAGAUGAAGAAGUUGAAGAGUCUAGUGAUGAAGAGGAUGAAGUUGCUGCUUCGCCAGAGGCGGUCGAGGUAACAACAACUAGGAGUAGGAGAAAGCCUGCUGAGAAAGAAAACGCAUCAUCGCUUACUCAGGCUUCGCGAAGCAGUCGCAAUAUGCGAAAUUCUCUUGGGAAAUCGGCUGGCACAACAACGACUAAAGCGGGAUCCACUGCCGCAUCUGAAAAAGAAUCUCAAAAGGAGACAAGACGGGAAGGUAUUUUAAAACGACGUCAACGUCUGUUUGUGUCACCAGAAACGAGGAAAGGUGACGACUUGGAUUUCAUUAGUCCAUUACGUAAAAAUCCAAGAAAAAAUCUUGAAAUUUCAGAAACCCCGAAUAAAAACUCAGAAAAAUCACAAAACAAUUCGAAAGAUAAAUCCCCAACAAACAGAAAUAGAGCCAGUGCCACGGACUUAACGGCCAGUGCAGAGAAACGAAUUCGAACCAGUAAAAACCCCGUUCUGAAGGUGAGCCGUAGUAUCGUUUCAAAUAAUUCGCCGCAUCAAACGAGAAGCGCUAGCAAACAAGAUUUUCUACUAAAUACUAUUAUCACAAGGAAAAAACUAUCAAGUGAGAAAACACCGCUGCGAGUGAGUUUGCAGGGCAAAAAUGCGGCGUCGGGAAGUUUGACGAAAAAUCAAAACAACAAAGAAAACACCAUUGAAUCGGGGAAUAAGAAAAGCACAAGCAACGAACGGAACUCCGGGGCGACUGACAGGUCAAAAACUCAAACUCCCAUCAAUAAAAUCAACAGCCUUACGAAAGAGAAGAGUAAAACUAUUGAAAAGUCCAGUAAUUUGGUGUCAAAACAAAAUAAUGAAAAUCAAAGUAGAUCUCGGGCGGAGACGCGUGUAGGCAACUCACAAAAAGCAUCUACGUCUGUGGAUCGUGCGAUGUCUCGAUCACAAACACGAUCAACACGACAAGGUUCAGUGAAAAAAUAUUCGGGCAAAAUACCGAUUUUGUCAACACGACUAAGAGUGAAAAAAUAGCCAAAGUAUUUGGAUGAUUUCUGUUGCAUGUUUGUAUUUAAUCGUAGAAAACGUAAACGAUAGUAUGAUUAGAUGUUUGUAUGUGUCUUUGCAUUUGGAUGAAACAAAUUUAGAUUUAGGGUUAGGAUAAGGCUACAUAUUUUUUGUUUGUGAAGGAAUAAAUAUAAACUGAAUGUCCUUUA